UUUAAAAUAAAGUCUAUGUGCCUCAUUAAUAUCUUCCGUACGGAGGUAACUUUCCGCAAACUUUACCGAGGGAAUUGUUGUAUGCACUUUUUGGAUUAUCUUGGUAGCACGUCAAAAUGUUUGUUGGUUGACUAGAUAAGUCAAAAUCGCAGUCAGCCACGGGGUUUCUGCUUUCCUUCACAUAGGUUUGUUGCCUGUGAUAAAAAAAACUUCCGUGACAUCAAAUUAAUUAAAAUUGUCUUGCGCACCAUCUAGCCUAAAAUGCGGAUUCUAUUCGCCAUAUCGUUCCUUAAUGUCAUCACAGCCUUCCAAGUUUUAUCGCUUACGUCUUUAACAGAUGAAACUGCAGCUAGUCGCAUACUAAACGGAAUUUCGGUCGUAAUCGGAGAAUUUCCUUAUGUCGUUGCAAUCAAAGUGGAAGGCAAGUUCCGUUGCGGCGGGUUUAUCUACAACGAAAGAUGGGUCGUUACAGCUGCUUCUUGCGUGAACGGAUUCCAGAAUGUGUUGGACCGCGUGACUGUGGAAGCUGGAAUUGUAUCUUUACAAUCGCCGGAACUAAGUCAACAACUCAUCCGGAUCGAAUCUUUCCAUCUUUACGAUUCUUACAACGAAUCACUCACCGGACCAUUACAUGACCUUGCCCUCAUACAGACGAGAUUGCCCUUUACAUUCAACUCGGAAGUGAAUUUUUCGUAUUACGACGAAACAUCGGGUGAAGUGGCAACAUUCGUCGGAUGGGGUGUCGCAGAAGCAAUUGAAGAUGGCGGCUCGUAUUCGAAUGAAUUGCGCAAGGCAACGCUUACUAUUAAUUCAAACAUCUGUCAAUCUUCUUAUGCAGGAUCCUAUCAAAAUGCCUACAUGAUCUGCACUGGAGACACGCAGAGUCCUUGCCACUACGACGAAGGAUCACCGCUGGUACAGAACGGAUACGUCGUUGGCGUCAUGUCUAGAAACAAUGGCUGCGACGCUACUGGAACUGUAGUGCCAACCAUUUACACCCGGCUGUCGGUCUACUACAAUUGGAUGGUCGCUAUAGCCGGAAUACAACCUGUUCCCUCUCUUGUCCAAAUGAAUCGUUCACUUUCUGAACCUAAAGAGAAUUAAAAAUUGAAUAUAACAAUUAAGCAUAAUUUCAAUUUUCAACUAAACAAAUUUUGAAUUGUCUUUCUUAUUUCGACAACGUGUGGCGCUAGCUGUCCCCCCCAUCGUUAUCAUUACUAUCAUCUAUUGGUGACGCAUCGGAAAGUUGACCGAAAUGGUGUCCUAAAUACAUAAUUUAAAAGUUCAA